AUGGCUCUUUUCGAUAAUACGCCAAUAGAAAGAAAAGCAACUCCGGGCCCCUUAAUGCCAAAAGAAGUAAACGAAGUUGGAACGAGCGAAUCGGAUACGGAAAAACAGUUCACCAGUUCUGUGAAGAAAACUCCAAAAGAAUCAAACUUGAACCAGGAAGGAAGAAUAAGUAUUAUAUCACAAGUGGAAGGCCCAAAGGAGGCUCUUUGUAUUAAAUACAACGAAGACUUUGACUAUAUUGGCGUUGGCUAUAAUGAUGGUGUAAUCAGGGUGUAUCAGUCGACAACAGGAAAGGAAGCACUUCAGUUAUCUGACGACGAUGUUAAAAACAAACGGUCACCAGUAACUUCAAUUAAACAUAGACCAGUCUCAAAAGUAUAUCCUGUUACGAAUUGUUUCACGGGGACAUAUGCAAACGGCUUCAUAAAAUGCUGGAAUUACAAUUUAAACCAGUGCUUGUACUCAAUAAAAGAAAAACGCCAAACUUUUGGACUUACGUAUCAUCCUCGUGUGCCAAAAUUUGUAACAUACGGAGACGACAGCAGGAUUUGCUUUUAUGACGAAGAAAGCAAGACGAUGGAACGUGUCCUAUUACCCAGUGAUAAUCCGACAAUACACGACGGUCACACCUCUAGAGUUUUCGCAGCAUGUUUUCAUCCCAGGAACAACUACGAAUUGAUAACCGGAGGUUGGGACGAUUUGAUACAUUACUGGGAUUUAAGGCAGCCCCACGCCAUCCGCCACAUAUCGGGGAUUCACAUGUGUGGGGAGGGACUCGAUAUAAAUAUGAGAGGAACAGAGAUUUUAGCUUGCGCUUUUCAACCUUCCGAUCCUUUGCAAAUCUUCGAUUAUGCAAGUGCGAAAAGGGUGUCUUGUAUAGAACCAGAUAUAUACGCUUGCAGGCUCUACUGUGGUAGAUACGCUUCCAAAGACUUUAUCGUUUCUGGAGGUACUGAUCAGAAUCUUUUCCGAGUCAUUGAUAUGCAGACCAUAACUACUGUGGCAAAUAUUACCGGUCUUCCUGGGGCAGUGUACGCUCUGGACUUAGGACCAGUGAAAAAGAAGGUAGAAAAACCAAAAGACCAUUCAGCGAGGCCUAAAAGUGAUAUAUCUUUAGUGCCAAAAAUAGCGUUUAUUUCUGCAAAGAAAGUGUUUCAAAUAGAAUGUUAUUAA